AUGCCGUGGUGGUGGCGGCUUCUGCUAGGGCUCUGGACAGUCAUGCCCAUCUGGAGUGGGGACAAGCUGCUGAAUGUCUGCAUGAACACCAAACACCACAAGAGAGAGCCUGGCCCAGAAGACAAGCUCUAUGAGGAGUGCAUCCCCUGGAAGGACAAUGCAUGCUGCACUGCCCACACCAGCUGGGAGGCCCACCUGGAAGCAUCCCCACUCCACAACUUCAGCUUGACUCACUGUGGACUUCUGACCCCUAGUUGUCAGAAGCACUUCAUCCAGACCCUCUGCUUCUAUGAGUGCUCCCCAAACCUGGGGCCUUGGAUCCGCCAGGUGGACCCACGUGGGCAGGGAGAGUGCAUUGUGAACGUGCCGCUGUGCUGGGAGGACUGUGAGCGGUGGUGGACUGAUUGCCGCACGUCUUACACGUGCAAGUCCAACUGGAAGGGCGGCUGGGUCUGGAGUCAGGGGAAGAACCGCUGCCCUGCAGGGGCUCACUGCCACCCGUUCCCUCAUUACUUCCCUACCCCGGCUGACCUGUGUGAGAAGAUUUGGAACUACUCUUACAAGGCUAGCCCGGAGCGCCGUGGCAGUGGGCACUGUAUCCAGACGUGGUUUGAGCCUGCUCAGGGCAACCCCAAUGUGGCUGUGGCUCGCCUCUUCACCAGCCCUGCCCCAUCCUGGAAAGUAUCCUACCCACUCUUGCUCUUCUCUGUUCUUGCCAUUCCAUUCCUGAGAGUCCCUUGUCUCCCACCAACCCCCACAUGCUCCCACCAGCUCUGGGCCAGACCAUAG